UGGAAUAGAGAUAAACAAAGACGUGUCAUUUAAACAUCUACUAUUAUUCCAAUAAAUCAUCUUCCUAUUUAUCUAACAGUGUGUGUCAACGAAAAGAUAUGUUACAGGAAUAUCAAUGGCUUUUUUGGCCUGUUGUUGGAACUCUAAUUUUGGCCGUUGCCAUUGUGAAAGGCUUUGCAAAAUCAAUCAAUGGUGAAAAGGAAUCUGGAGAUGAAAUUGAUGACACUCACACGCAAUGCAAGUCAGAAGCCUGUGUACGGUGUAACACUUACAAAAAUGUAUUGGGCGUGGCAUAUAAACGACUGAAACAUUACAACUCAAACCAACAAAGCGAAUUGUUGCGAAUCCACGAAGCAAUUGCUGUGGAUGCUGACCAGGAAAAAAAAUUUGAAGUAAAAUUACAAUGCCCAAAUGUUCUUUAUAUACCAGGACUUACAGCAAAACCCUGGUGGGAAUGUACAAGGCAAGAUAUGGAAGUUAUCAUUCAAAACAACAUCAAGGACAUCCGUGAUGAGUAUAUGAACGUUUCGACAAGUGAUGAUGGUUGGCUUUUGAACACAACUCCGACUGGAUCAUGGAACGUAUUUCAUUUAAUGAACCAAGGAUCCUUCAUAGAGGCCAAUUGUCAGAAGUGCCCUUUGACAACUCAAGUGAUUAAUUUGGUGGAAGAUCUGAUGGUUGGGAAUGUAUUUGGAAAUGCCUGUUUCUCUGUUCUACACCCUGGUACCCACAUAACUCCCCAUUAUGGCCCAACAAAUGCUAGACUUAGGUGUCAUAUCCCAGUUGGAGAGUUUAGACCAAGUGGGUGUUAUCUCACUGUAGCCAAGGACAAGAGAGAAUGUUGGUUAGAUGAUGGAUGUGUCUUCUUUGAUGACAGUUUUCUCCAUGAAGCUAUACAUGAAGGCAUAGAUUCAGAGCCCAGGGCAGUGUUGAUCUUGGACUUAUGGCACCCUGAUAUUAAUAAAGCAGAGAGGGAUGCUUUAAAUUACAUAUUCAGUCCUAAUGCCUGACCA